UAUCAAUUGAAGGAGAAGACCAAGACCAGACCUCUUCUCCUGCCGCCACCGCCGUCGCUCUCUUGCAGCCGUUGCCGCCGUCCUGCAACUUCUUCUUCUUAUUUCUUCUUCGCCCCUUCUUCUUCUCCACUGCCUGCAACGGAAAUCGGCGGCUUCAACAGCGUCUUCAAUGGAUGUGCCUCCGCUCCAUCUGUCAUCCACGAUGGAGUGUUGCAGGUACCGAAUCCUCUCUCUUUGGUGGACAAUGACUCCGAUAUGGAGCCGCCAGUGCCGGAUCUCAAACCUAUAUACUGCUGCUAAGGGUGCAGUGACGGUUUCAGAUCUGUGGUGAAGUUCCUAGCGGCGAUUGCGCAGCGCUGGGUUGGGGUGUUAUGUGCUGGGGUGCGGUGGCCGAUCGGAGUGGUUACUGUGGGGGCGGAGAUGGUUCAUUGGCGAGGCGGGGGCAGAGUACUGGACAGGGAUUGUGCACGGCUGGGGUGUGGUGGGGCUGGGGCUGGGUGCGGUGAGGCUGGGGUGUGGUGAGGCUGGGGUGUGGCGGCAGCCUGGUCGGCUAGGGUGGUUGGUUUGAGGUGGUUUAGUGGAAGGGGCGGAUAACGAUAGUCACUGACCGAGGAAGGAGGCGGCGGCAACAGUCACUGGAUAUGGGUGGUGGCGGCAGUCACUGCCGGGGGCGGUGGCGGCAGUCACUGCCGAGAGUUGUGGUAGUUGCAGCUGUCACUGGACGGGGCUGGUGGCGACUAUAAUUCCGGUCACUAUGUUUCCGUGAUCUAAUUCCGGUCACUAUAAUUUCAGAUGUAAUUCCGGUCACUAUAAUUUCAAAUGUAAUGGCAAUGACUAUAAUUCCAGUCACUACAACAUAAUGCACCAUACUUGUCAACCGUAAGCAAUCCCACGUACAGAUGGUCAUAUAAUUG